AUGCCCGUCUGGAAACUCCACGAAACUCUCUUCGACGUCGCCGCCACCAUCGACACCUUCGUCGAGGACGGCUGCUGGAACGAGCUCACCGGGUUGGACACCGUGCCCUGGGACGAGGCCGACCCCGAAGAGGCGUGGCUGGAGAACGACCAGCGGUUGCUCAAGGCGGUCCGCACGUUCCUCGCGAAAUACCGAGCGGUACAAGGUGAUAUGACGAAGCAAGAAUUCCUGCGGCAGAAGGAUCAGUACAACAAUGGUCGCGACGCCGUCCUCCGGUGGUUCAAGGCGCGACUCGGCGUGUGGAAUGUGCGUGUGCGGUUCAUCGGCGUCCUCGAGGAGAACGGGAUGGGCCCAUAUCGGGUCAUGCAGCUCAACAAGGCGCAGAAGGCACGUCCUUCUCAUCGCUGCACAAGCACGCUGACUCACCUCCAUUCCCAGCUGCCUAGCAUGGAGCAAUGCCAGGUCAACUCCCAGUACACCAACAUCGCGCGCGAACUCUUCGGUGACGCCGUUGCGCUGGAGAACUCGAACCUCCUCGUCAUGUGGGCGCCGCAGGUCAUCGGGCGCAUGACGGCCUGGGUCUGGCACGGCGAGGCGACGCGCAUCAAGCGCGAGAUCGGCCAACUCGAGAAGGAGGCCGCCGAGCUCGACCAGAAGUGGGAAGCCGUUAUCAAGAACCCGACCUCUCGGAGCAUCAAGGCGUACGUCAAGCGGAUGGAGAACAAAAUCGCCAUCUCGCGGAAAUUCGACAACGGCGUCGUCUGCCAGGCGUUCGAGCGGCAGCUCCAACGCGUCGCCGACCUCAGGACGCAAAUGGAGGACACGACGGUGAACGUGCCCGGGCUCCCCAAGCAGGUGUUCGAGGCGAUCCGCCUGCUCGCGAACGAGGAGGAAGUGCGCGCGCUCACCACCGAGCUCGACCUUAUCCUCAGCGAUGAGGUCGCCGACCCCAUCGAGAUAAACGUCGACGGCGCCGAUGCGCCCGAGAUGGACUGGGGGACCGGCGUCGAGGAGUACGAGGGCUUCUCCGAGGACGAGCUCUGGGCGAUGCUGGGUCGCGCCAAGGAGAAGACGAUCCCGUUUUUCAACACCGCGGAGGCCGCGACCGGCGUCCACGAUCCCUGGUCCCCCAAGGGCAUCGAGGCCAUGACCGCGACGGACGCCGUCCCGCUCCGCCCCCACUGGCAUCAGUUGAUCGGCGUCGUCAAGAUGCUCGACAACUACCUGCGCGGCGACCCCACCCUCCUCAUGGACGGCGUCGGGGUCGGCAAGACCAUGCAAGUGGUCGGCGUCGUCUGCUGCCUCGCUUUCUUCCAUGCCCACUACGCGCAGCACGGCCACUUCCCGGGCAAAUUCGCAAACAUCAAGUACCAUCGCGAGGGCAACACCCCCUCUGAACCCACUCUCAUCGUUGUCCCCGUCGCGCUCGAGCGCCAAGUCGUCUCCGAGAUCCACCGCUACGUCCGCCCGAAAACCUUCGACCUCAUCUCAUACACAUCUUCGGUGCGCGGCGCGAAGGGCGCGGCGUUCUGGGAGGCGGUCGACAACUUCGCGCAGCCCCCCGAACGUCAAAUCAUUGUCGCAACCAACCCGGCGGUCGAGAAGGACGGCGCGGAGCUGUUCACAAAGCUGACGGACAGGCCGUGGAAUCUGGGCACGCGCCGGCAGCGGAAGGCAGCGACGCUGGCAAAGGCCAAAGCCCCAACGGUGUACAAUCGCCAUUGGAGUCUGAUGAUCUGCGACGAGGUCCACACCAUGCGGCGCGUCAAUCAGCUCUUCGUCGCGGUGCGCGGCCUCCGCGAGCAGGCCGGCGGGAUGAUUGGCAUGACGGCCACCCCGACCAUCACCAACGCCUUGGAUCUCGCGUCCCUCGGCCGGCUGUUGGGCGUCGACAAGUUCAGCGACGAUCACUUCGCCGUCCUCGACGAGUUCCGCAAAUCUCUGGGGCGCGCCGCCUCGCAAGACCGGAAGAACCGGAAGGACGCCGACAAGGUCGGCAAGAAGGGCAAAGGCAAGAAGGCCGCGAAGGCCGCAUCGCAGGAGCCGAAAGGUCAAGGUAAUGCGGAGAGUGUCUCGCAAGAGCCUAUUCAGCGGACUUUCACGUUAUUAACGGUACAGCCGAGAUGCAUUUCCGCCGUCAUUAACGGAAACCCGACGUCGGCCGACGGAAUGAGUCUGGAGGUUGCAAACCCACCGGCCAGUGCCGGAGGUGCCCUUUUUUAGCGGACCGGCCGGUCUUGUUUUGAACGGAUCGGCCGACAAUGGGGAGCACCCAGAGGUGUCACUAACAAGGGGCCUGUGUUCAC